AUGCCUGCAGCACCAAAGCAGAGAAAGGUCGCGAUUGUCGGCAGUCGAUCCGUGGGAAAAUCCUCUCUUGCUGUGCAAUUUGUCGAUGGUCAUUUUGUUGAUAGCUACUAUCCAACGAUCGAGAACACGUUUAGCAAGACGAUUCGAUAUAGAAGCCAAGAUUAUGCUACCGAGAUUGUCGAUACAGCUGGGCAGGAUGAAUACAGCAUCUUAAACUCAAAGCAUUUUAUUGGCAUACAUGGUUAUAUGCUUGUGUACUCUGUUUCAUCAUUACCUUCGUUCGAGAUGAUCCAAGUAAUCAGGGAGAAGAUCCUCAAUCACCUGGGAAGCGAAUCGGUCCCAAUCGUAAUUGUGGGCAAUAAAAGCGACCUACGGCCCGAGCAACGUCAAGUAAGCCCCGAAGAAGGGAGGAAGCUUUCAGAGAAGUUCCAAUGCGGCUGGACCGAGGCGAGCGCGCGGUACAACGAGAAUGUCGGGCGCGCCUUUGAGCUCCUGAUUGCACAGAUCCAGAAAUCACAGAAUCCUGGCGAAGUUCCAGAAAAGAGUAACUGCGCUCUAAUGUAA